AUGUCGUACGGCGUAUCAACACAUGGAGUGGCAUCAUCUACGGUGCAUAUGGACAUAUGGAUAUAUGGUCAAUUACCGACCUCCUUACCUAUCCAAGUUGAUUUGGAUUUGCGGAGCUACCUGAUUCCCAGGCAAUUCAUCUCGCCCCUCGUUCGCCAGCGGAUCCAGGGCUAUCCGAGCACCUGCCGUCUGCCGCCGCCAGCCGCACCGCCGUUGCCCCUGUCCGCAGAACACCAACAGAUUGGCAAGUUAGGAGAGCCCGUUGCAACAGGCACGCUAGAGACGGGAGCCCUGCGUCGAUCCGUUACAGCGUGGGCACGUGAGCCGGGGACCCCCAUCAACGGGACGGAGCUGCACUGUGUUUGGCUUUUGCAGACCACCAUCGAAUCAAAUCUGACCAUAAGGAAACUGCUGCAAAUUAUGCCACAGCAAGCUGGCGCAUUGUAUGUCAAGUCUCGUCGCUCGCAUGUACUCUACGGAGUUGACGGGGAACGAAGCCGCCGGUGGGGUGUGAAGCUUGGUGCUUCACAUGUCACGUGCGAGCCCGGCGGCAGGCAAGCCGCAACGGCAGCGCUGAAACCGCGGGAGAUGGAGAUCACUGGAUGA